AAAACUAGUUCAGAAUGCUCCAAAUUUUGUGCCAGGAUUGCUUUUGUGAGCUUUCUUGUUGCAACGAACUGCCAUUCAACUAAAUGUUGUUACUUUUCUAAUAGUCUUUAAAGAAUGUGCUGGUAGCAAACUUAUUGAAUGGAUCAAAAGAUGAUUAACUAUAGUGAGAACUGCUACAAUAAAAAGUUAUUUAAUUUUAAUGCAGUAGGCUAUUAGUUUGUUGAAAUGUUUCAAUCUGUGAGCAUUUUAAAAUUAAUCUUGGCUUUAGUUAUUUCAAAAUAUAGUUAUUUCAAAAUAUAGUAUUUCUGGACAACAUUUUUUGAUUAAUACUACAUUAUCUACUAUAGUAUAGAAGUUUUUGGUAACACAACUAUAGUUUUAAAUGAAGUUGGUCCAAAUUGGUGUUAGCCGAAGAGGUGAAGAGAUUUAAUUAUUAACAGCAUUUCCUGUUGCUCUUCAGCCAAAAAAGACUCGCAAGAUUUCAUUGUGUAAAUAUUUGUGCACUCAAAAUUACACUUUUCUUUUUGCCAUAGUGAGACAUUAUAAAAAAAAGAUUUUAAAGUAAAAGCAAAGGCUGAUUAAAUGUAUUAUGGUGUACCAGAAAGUAUAUCCAUCCUUCCAAGGAAACUCCAAUGUUACUGUAACAUUCAGCAAAAGUAAGAAUCUUGUGAUGCUUGAAAUGAACACAUUUAAUAUUUCAUAAGAUUUCAUGGUACUUCCAUUAACAGCUUAAAUAUAUCUGGGGAAGGAAUGAUGAUGAAGAGGAGCACUUCGCACCAUGCUACUUUAUUCUAUAGAUUAGAAGUUUAGCUUGAAAGUAAAGUUAAAAGAAAACCUGGCAGGCACUAAUAGACAUUCAAAAACUGCAAGGACAACAGUAAAGGUCAUUAAGAAAUCUUCCAACUAUGUGUUUAAAGAAGAUAUUUUGAAUACCAAUGGGUAUUAUAUAACUUAGUAGUUAGUAAUGGGGAAUGUUAAAUGCCUCAAAUGCAUUUUUGUGGUUCAACCAAACAUGAAUUGGGGUUUAUUUUAGGUAUCUGUUCUAUAAAUCUUUUGUAGCUGGAAAUUUUAAUUUAAUUUUGGACUGGAAUAAUAUUUUAAGAGAAAAAAGGCUAGCUGCCAGCACUGGAAUGUUCUUCAUGGAAACAACUGGGAAUUUUAUUUGGUGAAUAUAUAGAUACAGUUAAAUUCCAAUGAGUAGGAUUAUACUUUUUAUCAGCCCUAUAUGGCAUGUUUCAAGAUGGAACCAUUUCUUUAAACUUCUUUGGAAUUCAAAGUUUAAUCGAACAGAUGCAGUGGAAACAGGAAAAUAAACACGACAAAACUAUUGCCUUCUUGUUUGAGAUUUGAAAAGUAAGAUUCUUUGAGAAUAUUUCAUAGUAAUUUACAAUGAAAUUCUCAACAUGGCAUUUUGUUAUUGUGCUAUAUACUUAAAAACACUCCGGCACACUGCGUUAGUGCAUGUAACCUGGUUGUGUCCAGCAGUAGGGUGGUUGUUUUAGGCUUGAUAUUAUUACUAUCCAAGUGUAGUAGGAAGCUAAAGUUUAAAUAUGUUAAUAUUAAAUUAUAUCCCCAGAUUUAAAGGGCUUUGGAUAUUAUGCUUGGGUUGUGUGAUUUGGAUAUUAUGCUUGGGUUAUGUGAUUAUAUGGACUGUACCAUAUCCUGUGUAUAGGAAUGAGUAAGGGAAUAUUUUGAAGAAAAUGCCACAAAUUCAAACAAUGUAAUUUUAAUUGUCUGGGCCCUGAUUUUUCAUACAUCUUUUGUAUUCUUGAGAGAAGCAUACCAGACUCUAAAAAUUGCUUUAAUUAAAUUUGUCCACUCUUAGCCUUUGAACUAGGUGUUCCUUGGCACAGAUGCAAAAUUGAAGAAUGGGAUUUCCGAUGGUCUAGGUUUAAUCUGUGUUCAAAAACUGAAUUGCAGUGAUUUAUAUAUUCAUGCCGUUACUAUUUUUUAUAAUUGAAAACUGCAAACAUUUUAUUAUCCUAUUAUAUUUUUCAAGCCUAUUUUAGAUUUAUGGGUUGUAUUUAAAUAUAAUUUUAGGCAUUCGAGUUUUGUUGAAUAGUAUUGAAUGAAGUUAGUGCUUUUUUCAACUUUUUAAUUUAACUUAGUAAAAUAUUGUUUUGGAAAUAUAGUUUAGAAGAUACCUGUGUGCACGCUAGAUCCCUAGAUGUUGUGUUGAGAACUCUGGGCCCAUCAUACAGAACCAGUGAUAAUUAGCAAAAUUAAAAUUUAGUAAUUGCUUAUAGUUUCAGAGGAAUACAUACUGUCAUGAGAGAAAGUAAUGUUCAGUUAAUGUAAUAUGUAAAAUAUCACCUAGUCUUAUAUUAAUUUUUUGCAACAGAAUUCUAUGCUUUGGAAGUUACAGGUGAAUUUUAUGCUGUUCUCCCUUCUACUUGGCGAUAUUGCUUAAUCUUCAUUGCCAGGCCUAGUGUAAGUUUCUGCAGCUUCUGUAUGUGUGAAGACAAGAGAUAAACCUGCAUGAGUGAAAAUGUAGAGUAAGAAAUGUUUUAAACCCUUGAAUACUUUUAGUGUGGUUGGUAUUGUGUGUGACAGUCUUGAAUUACUUAAUGAAGGAGUAUAAUAUUGAUAUGCUGAGAUUUUCUUACCCUACAUUUCUCAUCACACAUAGUUAUAUAUGGAAAUGUAAAAUCAACAUCUCUGAGGGAUCAACUUGUCUUUUGUUGUAUAGCAUAUUAUAAUUUUCCCUCAAACUAGCCAUAGUAUGAGUGAGCCUGUUUCUUUGUUAUGGUUAAUUUGGGAUGUCAGCUAUUCUCACUAUUUUUUUAUUUUAUGUUUUAAUUUCACCUGGGUUUUUUUCCUGCUAGCCACCAAAAGUCAUACAGGUGUUUAAUACACAUUUAAUCAUAUUAAAUAAAUUUAAAAAAUAAAUGUGCUAUAUAUGCGCCGCCGCCUAUCCCCGCCACCUGGAAUGGACCAAAAAUGGGAUGCGUGGAGGCUGAAAACAUGGCACAUGGAGGCCGAAAUGUGCACAGAGACCAAAAAUGGGACACAUGGAGGCUGAAAAUGGGGCAUGUGGAGGCAGCGAUAGAUGGUGGUGAUGAAUGGCAGCUAUCGACACAGCCUGGAACAGCUGAUUGGAGGUAUUCUGGGAGGCACAUCCAAUCGCCAAUCAGUUGCUCCUCCUAAAUAAGGCUGUGCUGAAGCUGACCAGGCUGUCUGCUGCAAAGAGGCAAAUUGCUGGGAGGCAGAGGCUGAUUUUUUUUUCUUGUUUUCCUCCCCAAAAACUAGGUGUGUCUUAUAGUCCGAAAAAUACGGUAAUGUGGAAAGUUCAGUUGCCUGGCAUAGAGUGGUCAAACUCUUUCAGCAGAUAUAGCAAAGAUGCAGAUUGCACAGAUCCCUGCAUAAAGAAAUAUUUGAAACUCUUUUUGAAGUGACAACCUUAAUCCUUUAGGCUUUACAUGUUAAGAAGGAAUGCUUUCUUUAAUAUUCUCUUCCUUUAAGCUUAUCCAAGUAGACUGCAAGGGCAUUGCUACUAUCAGAUUCUGUUAUGUGACAUCCAAGACUUACGGCUUCCAAGUAGAGGCCUUCUUCCUUCUGGCCAGCCAUAACAUGUUUCUUAAAAAGUUGUGGAAACUCCUUAAAAAGCUUUGUCUUGUUACACAUGUAACUGCUACCAGCUUGUAUAGGUGGCAGAAAAGUCAGAUGAAGUCCAAAGAACGAUAGUACUGUCUUGUAAAACCAGACACUUUCAUAGCUCGCUUGCCUGGUGGUUUGGCAGAGCGUGAAGAUGUCCGUGGACAUGAACAGCCAAGGUUCUGACAGCAACGAGGAGGACUAUGAUCCAAACUGUGAUGAGGAAGAAGAUGAAGAUCCUGGGGACAUUGAGGGUUACUACGAAGGGGUUGCAAAUGACGUGGAGCAGCAAGGAGCAGAUUCCUUUGACCCGGAGGAAUAUCAGUUUACUUGUCUGACUUACAAGGAGUCGGAGAGUACCCUGAAUGAGCACAUGGUCCGCUUGGCUUCUGCAUUAAAGGUAACUCAUGCAGUGGCUAAACUUGUAUUAGUUAGCUUCCAUUGGCAAAUCUCAGAAAUUUUAGAAAGGCACACAUCUAAUUCAGUUCAAUUGCUAGUGGAAGCAAGAGUUCAACCUGCCUCAUUCAAACACGCCGUGGUACAUUCCUCCCAGCACUGUGCAGUUUGUAUGCAGUUGGUUCGAAAGGAAAACCUAUUAUCUCUAGCCUGUCAGCAUCAGUUUUGCCGCAGCUGUUGGGAGCAGCAUUGUACCGUACUUGUCAAAGAUGGAGUGGGAGUUGGUGUCUCCUGCAUGGCUCAGGAUUGUUUGCUUCGGACCCCAGAAGAUUUUGUAUUUCCACUGCUACCUAGUGAGGAGCUGAAAGAUAAAUACAGACGCUACCUCUUCAGGGACUACAUUGAGAGCCAUUUCCAGCUGCAGCUCUGUCCUGGCGCUGACUGUCCUAUGGUCAUACAAGUACAGGAGCCCAAAGCCCGCCGAGUGCAGUGCAAUCGCUGCAAUGAAGUUUUCUGUUUCAAAUGUCGGCAGAUGUACCACGCUCCUACAGAUUGUGCUACCAUCCGAAAAUGGCUCACUAAGUGUGCAGAUGACUCUGAAACAGCUAACUACAUCAGUGCUCACACUAAAGAUUGUCCCAAGUGCAAUAUCUGUAUUGAAAAGAAUGGUGGCUGCAAUCACAUGCAAUGUUCCAAAUGCAAGCACGACUUUUGCUGGAUGUGUCUAGGGGACUGGAAGACUCAUGGCAGCGAAUACUAUGAAUGCAGUCGGUACAAAGAGAAUCCUGAUAUUGUAAAUCAGAGUCAGCAAGCACAGGCCAGGGAGGCCCUCAAGAAGUACUUGUUCUAUUUUGAGAGGUGGGAAAACCACAACAAGAGUUUACAGUUGGAGGCGCAGACGUACCAGAGAAUUCAAGAAAAAAUCCAAGAAAGAGUCAUGAACAACUUGGGAACGUGGAUCGAUUGGCAGUAUUUACAGAAUGCAGCAAAACUCCUAGCCAAGUGUCGUUAUACACUACAGUACACCUAUCCAUAUGCCUACUACAUGGAAUCUGGUCCGAGGAAGAAAUUGUUUGAAUACCAACAGGCUCAACUUGAAGCAGAGAUUGAAAAUCUCUCAUGGAAAGUGGAAAGAGCAGACAGUUACGAUAGAGGAGAUUUGGAGAAUCAGAUGCACAUUGCUGAGCAGAGGAGGCGGACUCUGCUGAAAGAUUUCCAUGACACAUAAGACCGCAGGAGCUACCAGGGCACAGAGCUGAGAGCAAAGUAGCAAGAUGGCGGUGCGAGCAACGAGGGAAGCGAUCAGAGGAACUGGCCACCGCCUUUCCAUAAAACAGGGCUGAGGACAUCACUGCACCUUCCCCUUGCAAACCAGACAUGAGCUAGCACCACCGCUUGGUCUUCUAUUUUUCUUCUGUUUUCUGCUUUUUCAUUUUUGGCAGGUAGAGGUUGAAAUUCAGUUGGCAUUUUUUCCUGGGACAUGUUAUUCCCCAGUUCUUGGAUUGUUUUAGAGGGGAGUUUUAUUUCCCCCGCCCCUUCCUGAGUGGCUGUUAAUAGUAUUAGGUCAUUAUAAACUUCUGUAAUUUUUCGACAGUUGUACAGUGAUACAACAGUGGUUGAUACAAAGUGAACUCUAGAAUAACACAGACCCCUUUUUAAAAAUAAAUUGGGACUGGAGAGUGUUUCUUCCCCCCCCCCCCUCAAUAAGCAGUUUGUAAACUUAAUGGCUUACUUCUCUUUCCCCAUCCCCAAACUCACUUUGCCAUGAAGGUUAUGAAAUAGUCCAGCUGUUGGUUUGUUUUCCCCUUUUCUGGGCACUUUCUUGCUUGCUUGUCCUGGGAGUGCAUAAGAUGAACAGGGCCUGAGCCAAGCAGAAUCAGCAGUUGCCAAAGGACAAGCUAAUUGUUGAAAGGUGGUUCUUCUUCUUUGGCCGGGCUGGAGUAAUAGGGCAAAGCUCAAGGCAGCAUGGGACAGUUCUAGUCCCAUCAACAUGAAGUUGAACUCCUGCAUGGAUUUAUUGCUUUGUUUUGUUUCCCUGGACUGCUACCUACUGCCAGAUUUAAAAUACUUGGAGGAGUUCAGGGAGCAUAACCUUGCUUCUUGGCAGCAUAAGAGUGAACAUUAGUUUUGUUUAGGGCAGUAGACAUAGCCAUGUUUGGGCCAUAACUUGCAUAUCUGUGCAGCUCAGUCCUGCGCAAUCUGAUUCUUUAGGUGGCUAUAAGGUGAUGCAUCGGAGUUUAUAUCUACUACCAUAACAAAAUCAGACUUUCCUACUAUACUGAGGAAAAGUUAAAUUCAUUGUUAAAAUAAAAACAAAAACGACACACACCAGCAUACAUCAGAUCCUGCUAAAUAGCCACCACUGUUUUCGAAACUGUUCUGCUGCUAGCUGAAAAGUAACCAGCAAAAAACAUUGGGAAGAGUCCAUAAUUACUGUUAAGAUUUCAUAGGUGGCUGCUUACUGGCAGAGGUUUGUUAACUUUUGAAAUGGGUUUAAUGUCAACAGUUCACAUUAGAGGCCAGCUUUUAAAAUGUAUAAAAAUAGCUAUAUAAAAUACACACUUGGUUCUGCUAAUAAUCUGUCUAGAAAUGGAAGAUGGAGCUGCUGUUUCCUGAAGCUGCUCCAAUUGAUGUCUUGAAACAAGAAUUUCCUUGCAUCCAUGUUUACAAGAGCAUGUUGCACUGAGAUUUUCUAUGUGCAUUGCUUGUAACCUUUGGGAUUGGGAUUAGAAAGCUUUACAAGUAUCAUUAUUUUCUGUUUAUGACACCUGUUUCACUUUUGGUGAAAAGUUAUUUUAUUAGCAUUUCAGAUUUUGUCCUAGCUUUUGGAGGUCAUCAACCAAGCCAUCAUCUUCCAUUCAGCUGCUCCUGCCACUACUACCUCAGGCACUCCAAGGAAAAUGAUAAGCUUGUUUCCUAGAUCCUAAAUCCUAAUAUGGGUUCUCUGUUCCCAGCUAACCUCAGAUUAAACCAGUGGGUGGAAGAAGUAAAAAGCUUGUUGGGGACGCAGAGAGAAAGUGAUCUUUAUCCAGAUUCACUUUUGCUCUUUCCCUUUGCCCAUUCCACUGGACCCUGGUAGCAUAUGUGGUAUGAUGACCUCAGCAGGUUUGCUCUUUUAAACCAUAUCUUUGUCAAAAACAGAGAUCAUGCUUGUUUUUCUGGCUUAAAUGUUUUAAUUUCUCUGCAUGAAAACCACUGCUGGGCUUUGAAACUUAGAAGCAGGCAAAACCUUUUAUCAAAUGCAAAAUGUUCAGUGUGUAUGUCAGACACUUGCUUACUACGAUAUCUGUUUGCGUUAAUUCUGUUCAGCGUUAGCACAAAAUUAUUGGCAUCUUGAUAGGGAAAAACUGCUGGCUUCCUAACUUCCUCAGUAAUGCUGUCCUGAUCUUGCUUGCUUGCUUACACAAAGUUCAGAUUUUGAGGGAGGUGAGCGUCUUUUUCUCUUGAAACUUUAAAGUUCAGACUGAGCUGUUUCUGCUCAUGAAAUUAACUAAGAUAAAGCAUACAUGUUUCUUGUUCAGAAUUAUCCAAUGCAAAAGAGCGGUGCUACUUGCUGUAGCUGGCAAAUACCUGUGAUUGGUUGAAUUUACAGUAGCACAAUCGCGACUUGCGCAGGGGUGAAAUCCACUUACCUUCCCUACCGGUUCGGAAGUGCACACACUGCACAUCACGUGCGCGCUUGGACUCUCUGCGCAUGCGCAAACCCUUCUACGCAUGCACAGAGGG